UAGAGGAAGUAAUCAGUAUUUCAGCGCAUAACUUCUUUCUUUUUAACGACGUAAGGCAAAGUGUCCUUAUAACUGCACAUAUCUACAGAAACAACGUUUCAAUUAUGUAAAACUGAAAAUACUUCAGUUCUUCACAUCCAUCAUUACAACAAUUGCAACGUUUACCUUUAUUUUGGUGCCUUAGCUCCAGGACAAAACUCAGACGUUAAAGAUAACUGCAAAGAACAAAUCCUCCACAUUAGGACUUCAAAUUUGGAUAUACAUACUAAGCAUACAGGUUGUUAAAACAAUGGAAGAUUACAAACAAAAAGAUUCAUCACUGAACAAUGAGCAUUCAGCAGCAUUUUGCUAUAAAAACUCCAUUAAGGAACAAAGUGUUACUGGGGCUGCACAAGGAUGCAGUAGUGAUGUUUCACAACAAAACAAAGCCCCUUCCAGCGCAACAGUCCCAGAAGCUACGCUAACCACAAAACAGCUGUUGCAGUAUUGGAAUAAUAUGAAUAAAAAGGUGAAGCCAAUUCGAUUGCUUUUUGAUAUACCAGAAACUAGAACUGUAGAAGAACAGGGGUCCAAAUAUGUGAUGUACAAAGUGGUGGUAAUAAAAUCCGGCACCUAUGAUGGUAGUCAAGCCUAUGCUGAACGGCGAUACUCAGACUUUGAAAAGCUCCAUAAAAAUAUCUUGAGAAACUUUAAAGAAGAGAUAGAAGGAAUUACAUUCCCAAAGAAAAUCGUGGCUGGGAACUUCAUGCAAGAAAAAAUCAUUGAACGUAAAUUGGCACUCAUGGACUACUUGGGACAGUUAUAUGCAAUCAAAGACAUCCGUGAAUCAGAUGAAUUUAUUGAAUUCUUCUACCUACCAGAGGUGCAGGAAGGAUACAACUGCCUCAGAAGUGGCCAGUAUACCAGAGCUUUGAACUGCCUUCUGAAUGUUCUUAGCUUGCAGGAGAAACUGUGUAUGCGUUAUUAUGAUCGGCUUGUUCUUACACUCAGUGCUAUUAGUGUGUGCUGUAGAGAUCUGGGUAAUAUAGAUGAUGCCUAUCAAUUCUGUGAGAAAGGUGGCCUUAUUUUACCCAAUCACAGUCGCCACAGGUACCUUAUCCCUUUGUUGAAGGUUCAGAUAAAUCUAGGUAAUGAGUUAGGUAAGGACAUGAGGCAGCUCCAAAAAAAGGUGACUGAAUUAGAGGAACAACAUGGCUGCCAAAGCAACCUGCCUUCACUGAAAGAGCUUGUGGUGCAGGAAUACAUUCAAUAAAGCUGAUGACCUGUCUUUCAGAAAGUCUUCUUGCAAGCAGUCAACUAAACUGCCAAAUAGGUUACUGUCACACUUUUACUAAAAUAUUUUCUGUGCAUUACAAAAGAAAUACACUGUACAAUUUGUUUUAUUAAAAGGAGGUAAUUUUCCAAUAACAUUUUUGACAUCUUUUCUCUGUCACCAAAGAGAGAGAGAGAAAAACGUCUGGUGAAAUCUGCAGAUUUUCCAUACAUGGCCUGACCUUUCACUGAUCUAUGGCCCAGUUUCUAGUCUUCAUAAUUUAAAACACGUACAAAAUUGAGCAGAUUUUUCAGUGGACAAAUAGAUAUUACUGAUCCACCUUUGGAUCUGUAAUGCAGAAUGUUUGAUUUGCAUCAUUCGGUCUCCAAACCUCCAAAGCUUCGCUUUCCCUCUCCCCAGUAAGUUCGUUCAGCAGCAGUCUGAGUUGAGACUUCCAUCUGAAUGAGAGGCAAUAGACCCUUCUCCAGGGUCUAUUAAUGAUUUUUGGAGCAUUAAAUCUCUUUUGAGGCUGCAGUGUUUGCUGGUGUUGCAUCGUGACUUCAGGUGAUGGGACAAGAAUCUCAUCCAUUCAACAACUCCUGCUCAUGAGCAUUUCAGGGUUCACAAUAUUUGAAAAGACAAACAGGAUUGAAAGGGAGGCAGCUUAACCCUGAUAAUAAAGAAAGACUUAAGGACAUUCAUAGGAACAGAUCCUGAUUUGAAAAUCAAUAUGGGAAUUAAUUAGGCUUUAUAUGCAUCAGAAAACAUUGGUGGGAAUAGUUUAUUUGCUCCUUAAUGGUGGUUAUACUAUUGAACAGAGCAUUAAACAAGAAGUUAUUGGAGAUUACCACAAAGGCAAUAUAUUAAUUGUGGGGGACUUUAGUCUUCAUAUAGACUGGACCAAUCGAAUUAGUAAAGGUGGCCUGAAAGAUGUGUUUAUAGAAUGCUUUCAUACAAUUUUCUGGAGCAAUAUGUUGUGGAACCAACCAAGAGUAAAGGUAUUUUAGGUCUAGAAUUCAGUGAAGCAGGGUUAUUUUGCGAUAUCAAAUGGUCUUCUGCUGGUCCUAUUUCUUAUGUUCUAAUAAUCGUAUGUUCUUGCAACUCAGAAUUAAUACUACCAAAGAAGCAGAGAGCAUGCUGAUCAUGUUCUGGUCAUGGCAAAAAACAUGGUCUUUUGCCUUCAACUAACCACAUUAAAUGUACAAGACUUUAAGAUGCUGACAGUUUUAUAUUUUAGUCAUGUGUUUACAUUUUGUGGCAAAAUGUGAAAUUUGAUUCAAUAUAUGUACUGCAUUGACAAUGUGCUUUAAUAAAUGCUGACUGUUGACAGUGAUGUCAGUAAACUAUAUGCUUGAGGUAGUGACAUUCAUCAAUAGUGUUAGUUUGUCACAAAUUUAUUUUAUUCGUUCAUGGAUGAGAGUGCUGCUGGCUCAUUCUAACCGCCCUGAGGAAAGUGGUGGUUAGCUGUCAUUCUGAAGCACUGCUAUCCUUGGGGUGAGAGGGCACAUGUGGUAUCGUUAGGAAGGUUCCAGGAUUUUGUCCCUGUCACAGUGAAGGAAUGGCAAUGUCAUUUCAAGUUACGAAGGUGUGUGACUUGGAAAGGAACUUCUCUGUAAGCUGCAAAAGCUGGAUGCAGGAGGGAUCAGGCCUCUUGUUAAAAAUAAAAGCUUUCCAGAGGUUCUUAGGAAUCUAGGAAAUUCAUCCUGACAUGAUCAGUUGUGAGGAGGUAAGGAUGAGAAAAAUCAUCAGUUCAGGUUCACUGCGAGCAGUGGAUUUGGGAAACUCUGAAAAUUGAGAGAAACGCCUGGAGAGAGUCUUUCGAAAUGAAACCUAUUGAAAAUGAAAGUUAAUGGGCACUGCUUGCUGUGAUGACUGUAUUACCUCUUUCUGUGUUUUAUUGAUACGUAAAAAGGGAACUUUUUUCUACAGUUUAACUUGUAAGUCAUCUAUGAAAAAAAUAAUGUAGUCAAUAAUACCUUGAGUCAGCUUUUGCAAUAAAUGUUUUAAAAUGU